UGGCAGCUUUUGUUGCUGUGGAGAAACUAACUUUGAGCCUUUGGGCUUUAAUGUGCCAUCACUAUUCAAACAUCAACCUUUGCCUUUCUACGUACACUACUUACCCAACCUGCUUAAAUGGAGGCCCCCAACUUCCUUUGUCAUGCAAAUUAUAUACACAACCACAUAAAACUCUCUCUCUCUCUCUCUCUCAUGGAGCAGUUGCAGAUAGGUAAGCGCAAGAGGGUUUGUGUCUCCAGUGAAAACAUGAGGUUUUUCGUCACCUUUGCGAGAAACUAUGUGAGUUAUCUCCUUCCUGCUCUCAUCAAAAUUGGUAGCAUUGCUGAUCCUGACUUAGAAGUUGAGAAACUCGUGAGAUUCCAAGUAGACAUGGCUCUAGUCCUCUCAGCUGGCUCAGGCUUCACAUGGUGCAAGGCCAUGAAAUGCAAGCUCGAGAAAGAGACACAUGGUAUCAUUAACAUGUUCAUGAAGCAGACACCAAACUCCACGAGUCCUCCCUGUGAGAAUUCCAUUAAGUUUUCAACUUUUUCACCAUUCUCUAGGACUUUCCAUCAUGUUGGUCUCCUUAGAAACCCUAACCCUAAUUUUCUCAGCUUAAGUUACCCUAGCCCCCAGCCUAAGUCACUGGUUGAAAAUCUCUCAGAAAACCCUAAACCAAAGUCUCUCAUGUUACUUAACCCAAACCGACAUCCUAAGUCAUUGGUUGUUCUCCUAGAAAACCCUAACUCUGAUUCUCCCUUCAUGGCUAAACCAAACCAUGGCCAUAAAUCUUUGGUUAGUUUUGGUCUCUUGUCUAACCCUAGUCCUGAUUCUCACAUCAUCUCCAACCCAAACCAUGACCCCAUAUCUUUGGUUGAUGCUGGUCUAGAAAAACCUAGAACAAAGUUCCUUACAAUUAACCCUGACCCUAAAUCUAGGGUCUAUCGGGCACAUCGGAAAAAAUGCGGAAGAAGAAGAACAAGAAAUAUGGGAUAUUCAAUGAGGAGGAGAAUAGGGCUUGGAAAGCUAAGAGGUGAAGAGAAGGAAAUAAGGAAGCGUUUGAGGAUUUUAAGAGAAGUUACACCUGGUGGAAAUGAGAUGAGGGUGGAGGCUUUGUUUGGGGAAGUGGAAAGCUAUAUGCAUUGUUUAGAGCUUCAAGUCCAAAUCCUUCAAUCCUUGGUCAGUCACGGUGCAAAAAGCAAUGGCAAGUUAUAGCCAUUUCGUAUAAUUCUAUGUAUUUAACCUUUGCAUAAACCAAGAUUAUCAUGAAAUUCCAUAGCCUUGAAGAAAUAUUAGGGUUUUUUAUUACACGACUAUGGGUGCAUUUAGAGGCAUGCCAUACAUUUAUUUGGAAUUAUGUUGAUGGAAAACUCCCUUAAAGUAUCAAGGAAUCCCACAUGCAUGCCUGAACAAAGUUCAUGUAAGCAGUCCAAGCCUGAAUUUCACAAGGACUAAAGGAAUCACACAGUAUUAUUUGUUGCAUAACACUGUAUUAUUUGUUUUUGUAAGAGCAAAUUUUGCAGUAAUUCUACAUUGCUUGUAGUUCAAAGUAAGUCCAUAGAUGGGUACUUUCUUCUUUUCC